AUGGCGGACUCGCAAAGGAGCGAUGUAUUUGUUCUGGAGUCGGAAUCACAACUUUUCAACCGUAUUAUCAGCCAAGAAUUAAACGAACGCGAUUCAGAUGAUGAACAGAGUAGUUUGCAAAGCCAGCAAAUGAUGCAGGGCGACCAAACGAUGAAUACUUCCGCGUCAUCCGAAGCCCAAGGUGUGCCUAUAAACAAUUUAAUUCUUUAUAUAAGCUUAAUAGCUUAUGGACGCUGAUCCACGCUGGAUCAAGCUCACCAUAUUUACUCCUAUUACAAAUUUCAUAUUAGAUAUUUUACAAAGGUAAAAUAGAAUUGUGUUGUUGGUAAAAUUUCUAACAGGCAUAGCUAUUUGUUAUAAAAGUAUUACAAACUGAAGAGAAUUCCCCUAUCAAGAAAAGUUAUUAAAUAUAAACAAGAAGGGCACAAACCUUUGUAUAGGCAUUGUAUGAUAGUAUGUAAAAUGUAAACAACGCAAAGAUUUAUUCUUACAAUACAAACGUUGGCGUCGAAAAUACUGAUAAACAAUAAUUAUUAAUAUAUUGUAUUAAUGCAUGUCUGUUUCUAUAGAUGUAAAUUCAAUUGAUGUGCUGGAGGUGAUUGUAAAUGAAGUGCAGGCGCAUCCAAUACUGUGGAGUAGACAAAAUCCAGAUUAUAAACGGUCAGACAAGAAGCGAAUUGUUUGGAGUGCUAUUGCUCAAAAAGUAGGGCUGGAAGGUAAUGAUCUUUCAAAACGUUUGCAAUGUAUUUCAAAAAGCCUACUCUUGUAUUUUACUGCAAAAUAUGUAACUAUUUACCUAAAAAGUUUAAAAGGUUUACUCUGCCAUCCAGUGAAGGGGGGGGGGGGGCUAAUGUCACCUAUUUAAAUUUCACCUGGUAAUUUAAAGCAUAUGGGAUGUGAGGGUAGGGCUUGCCUGUAUGUUUAGGGAAAUGUUAUCAAUGCUAUUCUUGUUGUUAAACUAAAUGCUGUACUAUGCCUACAUGAUACAUUUUAUUUAUUUACAGUGGAGCAAGUGAAGUUAAAGUGGAAGAAUUUAUCAGAUGGUUUCAAGAAAUGCCUAGACAGGAAGAGAGAUUUAGAAAAAAGUGGCAGUGGGUAUUCAAAACAACCUACCUGUCGUUUUUACAACCAGUUGCUGUUUCUAAGAGAUUCUAUCGGCAACAGAACUACCCAAAGCAAUGUUCAGGUGAGGUCUAUUUCACCUGCUACCCCAUCCCCCUCUGAAAAAGCUCUACCUGAACCAUCAACACAUGUCGAGUCAAAUCCUGGCAAUAAAGCUUCUCAACAAAAUCAGCAACAGGCAGUACCCCCCACAGCACAACCACCAGCCAAAGAAAAGCUCCAAUUUCCACAAGCAACUGUUAUCCCAAAAAAGAAAAAGAAAGUUGUACUUGAUCCAGUUGAAGAAUAUUUUAUAAAAUCAAUUGAAAAAAAUGAGGAAGAAAAUAAGUUAGUGCCAGCAAAAAAAGAAGAUGUAGAUGAGCAAUUUUGUCAAAGUAUUACCCAUACAUUACGGCGACUUGGAGAGCAAUCAGUGAAGAAAAACCAACUGGCAAAAAUAAAAAUUCAGCAGUUGCUCUUUGAUAUUGAGUUUGAUGACUGA